GGCAGUUCGCGAUAUUUUCUAUAUAGACAGAAGCCCUUGUGCGCAUGCGUGAAGUGACGUAGCAGCUCGACGUAAGCAGUUUCCAAUGACGGCGUUAGGCACUAAUAGGGGGUUCUUAAGGGACAUGCAGAAAAUACUCGGCCGUCUGUCUGUGUUGUUUGCCUGGGAGUGGUUAGAUUAGAUAGGUAGUGAAAUGACAUAAUAAUAAAUUAGUAUAAUUAAUAUAGUUAUAAUAAUUAGUAUAGCUGUGUAAAAUGUGAUAAUAAGUAUAUAUAGUAUAUAUUAAUAAAUAAAAUGUGAUAAAAAGUGCAAUUUUAAUAUAAAGUGAUAUUGUGAUAUAAAGUGAUAUAAAGUAAAAAAUAUAUUUAUUUUUACUUAUGAAUAGCAUUCUGUUUCUUUCCACAAACUUUUUUUCUUCCUACAAUCCUUUCAUAUUUUCCUUUAGGUGAAGGAUCUUAUGAUACCUUAAAAUAGAUACGGCGCUGAGGUUACCACAGAGUUUGCUCAAUGCGCGUGCGCGAAAAUAUAUCGCGAACUGCCAGCACUGCUCCGGAUUGAAGAAAAUAGCAAAUUCCGACAUUUGAGGAAGUGAACUAGUGUUUACGUUGUAGAAGUAUCAACGUGCCCAGGAUCGAUGAUACUCCGCGAGGAUGACGUAACCUGACGGAAAAAGACGCGGAUCAUCCCCGCGCCAGCGAGUCGUCGAGCUCGAGCAACCUAUUUUCAGGUUAUGUUUGUCGUGAUGUCAUAUCACUGCAAGCACGUCGCAGCCACCACCCGUCGUUGAAGAAACUCCUUAGAAUAAGUUGUGAGAGAAAAGAAGUAAAUUUAUAUUGUGGAAUCUUUGAAAGCUGACCAAAGAGAAUUAAGAAAAAUUGCAAAAUGGUUUUCGAGUCAAUUGUCGCAGAGCUUCUUAACAAAGUGCUCGGCGAGUAUAUUGAAAACUUGGAUUAUUCUCAGCUGAAACUUAGCCUCUGGGGAGGUGAUGUUGUGUUAAAAGAUUUGUUAAUAAAAGAAUCAGCUUUGGAUGUGUUAGAUCUUCCAGUAAGACUGGAAUAUGGCCGUUUAGGCAAAUUGAUACUGAAGAUUCCAUUUAAAGAUAUGUGGAAUGGUCAGAUUGACGCAGUAGUCGAGGAACUGUUUAUAUUAAUAGUGCCUACAAGUCAAGUUGCAUACAAUGAAGAGAAAGAAAGUAAAGCACAGUUGGAAGCUAAACGGGCAGAGCUUGCGAGAGUGGAGAAGAGAAAACAGCUAGCAGACUUGAAGUCACAGGAAAAAUUAGACGAUUCGAUGGUCGAGAAGCUGAUUGCUCGCAUGAUCAAGAACAUUCACGUGGAAAUCAAGAGAAUCCACGUGCGGUACGAAGACCAUGUCACCUUCAAGAAUCACCCAUUCUCUGUGGGCUUCACUUUGAACACUUUCGUCCUGGAAAGUUGCACGGAUUCUUGGGAGACUACUGGCAAUUUGAAGGACAUGUACGCCAUCCCACAGAUCUACAAGUUAUGCGGCCUGGACGGAUUAGCCGUGUACUUGAAUACAAGUGUGGAGCAAUACAGCAAAAGUUCGCAUUCCUCAUAUCCUAGUCUUUUCUGCAGUGGCAUCGCUACUAUGGAUUACACUCCAGCAAACUAUCAGUAUUUGCUGGGACCGAUUAACGUAAAGUCCAAGCUUAGGCUCAAUCCCAAGCCGGAGUCCGACGGUAGCAAUUACUCGAUCCCCAAAGUAUGGUUGGAUCUGGAGAUGCAAAGGUUACGAAUUGGCUUGACGAAACGCCAAUAUCAGACCUUGGUGAGACUAGGCGAAGGUCUGGAUCAAGCACAGAAGGCCGCUCCGUAUCGGAAGUAUCGACCUAAUCUAACAUCGUACAGAGGCCAUUACAAGGAAUGGUGGCAUUUCGCGUACAAGUGUGUAUUGGAGGAGACUGUGAGACGAUGUCGUCGCAACUGGAAUUGGAACCACAUGAGGCAGCACCGUGACACUUGCCGUGCCUACGCCCAGGCCUACCAGACAAAACUGACAACGAAAAAAUUGGCGAAGGAUAUCGAGGAACAGUUGACGCAUUGUGAGGCAAAGCUCGAUAUCUUCAACCUAGUAAUUAUUCGGCAGCAGAUCGAGAUGGAAGUGGAGAGAUUGGCGGAAAAAGAAAAAAGUCUGCGGGCGAAGAGAGGUUGGUUCGGUUUCCUGUGGACCAGCUCGCAGGCCGAGGAAACAAAGGAGUUGAACUCAGCUGCCGCUAUCAUGCGCAGGUUCGAGGAAGCGAUGACGGCGCAAGAGAAAGAAAAACUUUAUCGGGCAAUAGAUUAUCAAGAGAACAGUGCACCUGCGCAUUAUCCUGAGACCUUUGAGAUGAUCGAUACGCAUUUCUUCCUACACGGACUGCAGAUUUCGUUGCUGGACACGGACAAGGAGCACUCAUGUAUCCUGGACCUGCAGUUGCACGGCGUGCAAGCAGGCUUCAAGUCGCGGCCAUCAGGCAACGCCAUUCUCGUCAUUGCCUCCAUUAGCGAAAUGAAACUCUUGGGCGCGAUGCAGGAUGGUCGCGUGCCUUCGCUUUUCAUCUCAAAGCACGGUAGCUCCGACAGCGCUUUACUGUCAGUAUCAUACGAGAAAAACCCGAUUGACAAACUGUGCGGCCACCGCGUCAUCGUCAAGUCUAGGUCCGUCGAUAUCGUGUACGACGCGCAGACAAUAAUCGAGUUAGUCAACAUGUUCAAGGUACAAGACUCGUCAACGCUGAGUCAAUUGCAGACAGCCGCCGCGGAGCAGCUGGAGGGCUUGAAAGAGAUGUCGGCGCUUGGACUGGAGUACGCCAUAGAGAAGCAUUCAAUACUGGAUAUACAAGUGGAUAUGCAAGCCUCGCAAUUGAUCAUACCGCAUGGUGGCCUCUACGACGACUCGAAGGCACUCAUCGUCGUCAACCUGGGCAGUUUGAAGAUUCACUCUCUGGAGAAGGGCAAAGACGACAUGGCCGGCGCUAGUGUGAAGCAACUAGUCAGCAUGGGCAAGAGCGAACAGGACAUAUUGACGCAUUUGAGGGAGCACAGUUACGACAAGUUUGUCUUGAAGAUAGUUAACUUCCAAGUACUGGUCUCAUUGCCGAACGAGGAGUGGCGCACAGCCCUGGCGAGUACCGAAAGCUCUUUGACAUUGCUGCAUCCGACGAUGUUAGAGAUCCAAUUCCACAAGUGUCUAGUGAUGGAUGAUCCGCUAUUACCGAAGCUCAGACUCCUCGGUCACCUGCCGUCAGUGACCGUGAACAUAACGGACGUUCGCCUGUUGCAGGCACUUUGCAUCGUGCAGAGUAUCCGCUUGCCUGAGGAGGAGAAACCCGCGGAAUUGCAACGCAUUUCGCUUUCGAAGUCCAUCUCUCAGCUAUCCCUAAGAGAACUCACCACCAUAUCUUCCAGUAUUGCAGACAAGAAGAAACAGGAAACGGCCCUACCAAUGAAGCAAACCACCGAUCUGGAAAUGAAAUUUGAGAUGAAGGAGUUCACACUGUCAAUGUCCCGGCAGAGUGACGAGGUUGCGUCAGAGUUCGUCAGAUUCCAGGUGUUGCAGCUAGAAGCGGAAAUGUUGCAACGCACGUAUGACCAAGAGAUAUUGCUGAGGCUCGGCGGCGUGCAGAUGAAGCAACAACACGAGGGUCACGAGAUCUUCAUGAUCAACACCCCGAUGUCAGCUGGCAAGGACGAAUACUUGAUCGUUGUGCGUUACGUGAACGUGAACAAACGCUCGCCUGAGUUCAUCACCAGGCACGGCUCCGUCGUAAAGCUGCUGCAGUUGGAAUUCACGUCGCUGGACACUCUGCUGCAUCAGGAGGCGCUUAUAGAGCUAUUGAGAUUCAGUACGUACAUUCAAGACCAGAUGAACUCUCUGUCCACGACGACUUCUCCGAACAAGGACGCAGCGCGCGCAGUACGACCUACUCAUUUAGCUUCCAUUCAAGAAGAGGCGCCCGGUUUCCUAAAGGAACAGCUGCAGAAGCAGAGGCUGAAACCCACUGGUCGACGUAAACGUAGCACGGUCGAGUGUAUCGAUCUGAAAGUGAGCGCCAAGAUCGGUUCAAUCAAUUUGAAAAUAUCCAGCUCUGCCAGAGACAUCACCGCGCUGUACGUCGAGAGAAUCAGUGCCGGUUUUCUCAUCAAGUCCUCCUAUUCUCAAGUGAACGUCGAUUUGACCUCCAUCAGUAUCAAGGAUCUUAAUCCCAAUUGCGCGUACAAGGACAUCGUGGCAGUAGAAGGCACAGAAUCCUUGCAAGUUCAAAUAGUGAUGUACAAUAUCGAACAGUGGGAAGUGGACAAGAAUAACAUGUCUGUCAAGGUGGUCAUGGGUUGUCAUCGCAUUGUGUUCCUGAAUGCCUUCGUCUCCGGCGUGAUGAAUUUCCUGAACAACUUUCAAACGGCACAGAAGGCCAUUAAGGACGCGUCGGCAGCAGCGGCGGAAGCUGCAAAAACAAACAUUAAGGAUGUCCAAGAAAGUGCUUCUCGCAUCGAGCUGGCCAUCAAGAUCAAAGCGCCUGUUGUGUAUGUACCGAUGAAUUCAAAAAGCGAACACAGCCUGAUGUUAGACAUGGGCAAUCUUAUGAUAUGCAAUGUCUUCAAGAAACUGGAAGUAACCAAUGAAGAAUCCGACGAGUGUCCUAUAGUGGACGAGAUGAAGAUCGAGCUGCAAAAUCUGAAACUGUCGCGAGUCCGGUUAAAUAUGGAAAAAUUCGUAAGCGAGAAUGAGGUACUGCUACUGGAGCCGGUAACUUUCACGCUUCUCAUGAAACGCAAUUUAUCCACUGCCUGGUUCACCUCCAUUCCGGACAUCGAAAUGUUCGGCAGAUUGAAUAAGAUCAAUCUACUGUUGAGUAAGGAGGAUUACGCUACGAUCUUGAAGGUAGUGGAGCAAAAUCUAAGCGAGACCUUCGAGGACGCGAAACCCCCGCAACCUGCGCUACCAGCAGUUAAAUCUGAACAAAGCGGGGAGUUGGAGAUCCAGCCGACAUACAGAUACGAAGCCGACGCGUCACGAGAACCCCGGACGACGGACCCGCAGCAGCAAUUGCACGCGCACACGUCAAUCAAGUUUGAGUUCAUCAUGGACAGCUUGGUAAUCAAUCUGUAUACAGGCGGCUCCAAGCUGUUGCAGUCGCAAACUUCACCGUUGCACUUGCCGGAGAACGGACUGGCCCGGUUUAGCCUAACGCACUUUGCCGUGAAAGGCCGAGUGUUCGCCGACGGUCUGUUGGCCACGUCGAUCUUGUUGAUGAACUGUACGCUGGACGACAUGCGGCAGAGCAGGGAGGGCUCGCUGAUGCGAAUUAUGGAGAGGACCAGCGCGGUGCCAACUGGCGAGGAUACCGACAAGGAGGCCAAGUACACCAGGAGUAUGCUGGACGUGACAGUACGCCAGGGUCCGAACGACACGUUCGCGGACGUUCGUGUGUUCUCUUUCAGUAUCAUCGUGUCCCUCGACUACCUUAUGAAGAUCAAAGACUUCUUUGACGUGGACACUGCCAAUAAGAAUACCGCCAUUGUGCAAUCUACAUCGAAAUACCAUGGCGAACCGGCCACGUCGAAGAAGAAGCAACCGUCGCAGCAAGCAGCAGCUGCUUCGAGUCCCAAGAUGUUAACUGUGUAUUUACACGUGGAGAAGCCGGAUAUUAUUCUGCUCGAGGACAUGGACGAUAUUAACUCAAACUGCAUUGUAUUGAACACGGAACUGCUGCUGAAAGUGCGCAUUAUGGGUGAGCAUCAGGUGAUCAGUGGUGCUAUCAAGGAUUUCUCUCUAUUGGCGGGGAUAUAUAAUCCAUCUAAGAGAGCUGAUUGGAUUUAUCAGGUGCUGAAACCAUGCAGCAUUAGCGUGGCCGGCUCCACGCCUGAAGGUAAAGGACUCCACUUGGAUGUUAGUUGUACAGAUAUACAUAUAUCUGUUUCGCCAGGUGUCAUCGAAAUAUUGAACAAGGUCAUUCAUUCAGUAACGAAGAAGGAGGAGGAGGACAAGGAAAUUAUUAAGCCUGAGCCGAACUACGAGGGACUGUGGAUCAUCACAUCUUUUAUGGAGGAUGAUUACUGGUUCCUAAAGACAGAAGUUGCAACAGAAGCUCUUGAGGAAUUCAUGUAUUCAGACGACAUAACAAUUUACAAACCCGAAUUGGCACUAGUCUCAGCACCGAUGAUCUUACUAACUCUGGAGGCAGGUGUUGGCAAUAAAACUUUGCCCAUGCUAUUGCUUCACGUAGGCUUUCAAAGUAACAUUAACGAUUGGAGCACAAAAACUAUGAGCGUUGAUUGCACCAUGUCCGUGAUCAUGGAGUACUACAACAGCCGCCUCGCACUAUGGGAGCCGUUGAUUGAGCCGAUAGAGAGUUAUGUUAAUGGUAAACGCGUGUCUACACCGUGGGAGUUAAAGACAAAGGUUCAAUUCAAUGAUAUACUUUUGGACUCCAGAGGUGCUAGCGCGGUCAGCCCCACCUCAGACAGCGAGAUCGAAGAGCUGCAUCAGUCUACCAAGAUGUCUAUCGACAUUACGUCCACUGAUAAUCUGGAAAUAACGGUGACAAAAACGUGUCUGGAUGUAUUGAAGCAGCUUGGCCAAGCGUUCUCUUCGGCUAUGGACGUCAGUAGAAAAGGACUCACUAAGAAGGUGGCACCGUUUUUACUAAAAAACGAGACCGGCCUGGGGAUGAUACUCGACUUGGAGCACAGUCCUUUCAAGGUUGUAAUGCGGAAUCAUUCAAAUUCCCAUUCGCGCUCAUCCAUCCACUUAUUUAAUAGAUCGUGUUUACUGAAAAACGACACAGGCUUGGAGGUGAUACUUGAUCUGGAGCGCAGUUCUCUCAAGAUUUUUGAUGAUGGUUCGAGAAUGAUAAGAGACGAUAACAACUCAUAUAUGGAAGUAAUUCUCGAGACCGGAGCGUCGAUAGAGCUCGCGCCGAAAACAACCAAGCCGGAUACGCACAUUCUCGAGCAGUUGAAAGGAGAAACUGUGAAAGACAGGGAAAGCAAUAAAUUUUCCGUUUCUUUCAAAGGUAUCCAAGGCAAAUUGGCGAUUCCUGUGUUAAGGGCGGACAAGAGAUUUUUCUCAUUGAAGCAUCGCAAGGAAGGCUCCGAGGAAUGGGGCAUUGUGUCGGAUGUUAUCGUGGAGGAUGGCAGUACGAUUGUCACUCUUAGAAGUAUUCUUCAAGUUCACAAUCAUUUCGCACAACCGAUAUCAGUUUACUACAUGACGAAACGCGGAAACGAAGUGGAGUGUGUAGGCACAGUGGCACCUGACGAAAAGCUCAAUUUGCCACUGGAUGCUGUUUACACCCCAACAAACAUCUACUGGCUGUUCUUCAGUGUCGACGGAUAUAUGGUAUCGGUAGAACCAUUUAUUUGGAAGGAUCUGCAGAAGACAGUUUCAAUGACGAAACUUUUGAAAUGCGAAUCUCGAUUUAAACAAGAUGUUACAGAACCAUUUUACAUCCAGGCAUUGGGGGAGAUCGAGCAGGUGUAUUUCGAAAAUACCAGUCGUCACACCAUGGCUAGCACUAUCUACAACGUACAUCUGUACCCGUCUGUGUACCUGAAGAACUUUUUGCCAAUUGACAUCAUUAUCUGUCUGCCUGGUACCGCGCAGGAAAGCCUGCUUGAAGCUAGUGCCUCUCUGCAAAUUCCUACAAUUGAUCCAGCUAAAUCAUAUAUAAUUAUCAAGCUGCCUAAUUACUUGGAGAAAGAUUGGUCGUGUAGAGGCGAGAUUGUAGCGAAUCCACCGGACUUCGCAGUCUGGUCGUUUGAAUCCUUUGAUAGCGCACAGAAAGUAGUUCUGGAUCUCGGAAUGCACACGUCUCACAAGCACGGUUCGAUCAUCAUGGCGCUCUACUGCCCAUUCUGGAUGUUGAACAAGACCGGGUUGAUGCUGUCUUACAGGAAAUCAAGUAAAGGUGGCAAAGAGCACUCGAGUCCAAUCAAGGCCACGGACGAUCAUCUGAACGUUCUGUAUCAUCCGGAGCAUUUCAAGGGACCCAUUCUGUUCUCAUUCCGCUCCAAAGCCUUCUUCGGCAAGAAAAAAGCUAUGAUCAGGGUGGAGGACGGCGAUUGGUCCGAUAAAUUCUCCAUCGAUGUUGCUGGCAGUGAGGGUGUGGUGGCCUGCAAAUAUAAUGGGAUAACUUACCAGAUCGGCGUGCACAAUCAAUUGACUUAUAACUCGUUGACCAAGCAAAUUACAUUCACACCAUAUUACAUACUCAUCAACAAUGCAGACUUUCUCAUAGAGUGCCAAGAGGCCGAUCGACCAGCUGACCCAAUCAUCAAGGUGCCUCCCGGCGAAUGCGCAGCCUUGUGGCCUCGUACUGAGCACGAGAAUAAGACUUUGAAGGCGAAGGUCUCGGGUCAACCCGAAAAAACUGCUGCCUUCAUUUAUACAGACAGCCAUACGACUCUAUUAAAGCUAGACAAUAAGUAUGGAGGGAUUAACGUAGACGUACAAAUAAACGAAGGCGGUGUUUACAUCUCCAUGUCGGCUUAUAGUCCAGGCAACGCGCCAGCUUUAAUUAUUAACCAUACAUCGUACACUAUCAAUCUUUGGGAGAAAGGUUCGAUUAAUAUUAGGUCCGUGCAGUCGUACAACAGAAUGUUUUAUACCUGGGAAAAUCCAGCGGGCUCACGGAAAAUACUUUGGGAAGACAGCAACGGCAAAGAAAUUGAAGACAAUCUUCGUAAGGACAAUCUUGGUGCCUUUCAAUUGCCGGAGAUAAAUGAGGAAAUAUUCUAUGUGUCGUUCUUAGAUGGCACUCAGCGAGUACUUUUGUUCACCAAGGCUCUAAAGAUCGCCGAAGACUGCCAGUUGGCCGGUGAUCUGGAAGUUAUCGAUCAAGAAAUCACGAUAAACAUUCACGGUAUUGGCUUCUCCCUCGUGAACAACAUUACCAAGUCCGAAUUGUUGUACAUGUGCAUCGCUAGCUCUGGAAUUAUAUGGGAAACAUGUAAAAACAUGGGCGGUCGGUGGCGAGCGUUAAGCGCCAAAGAGGUCAAUGCCAUCGAGGAAGGAUAUCAACAUUAUCAGAAAGAACUGCAAAUUAACAAGGAAGCAGAUUAUCGAGUUAUGCUGGAGCCGAAACUGAUGGUGGAUUAUUUAAACAUGGAGAUGCUGAAACCGCACCGCAGAUUCAUGCGACGUACGUUCCAGACCGGACUCUGGCUACAGUAUCGCACUUCGGCACAUCAGGUCCAGAUGCAUGCGAAGAUCAAUCGUCUUCAAAUCGACAAUCAGUUGUCGGAAUGUAUCUUCCCGAUCAUACUGGCACCGGUCCCGCCGCCGAAGAGUGUCACGCAAAGCACAGUAAUGAAACCGUUCGCCGAGCUCAGUAUGGUCAAGCGCCUGUUAGAGCAUAGCAACGUGCAACAGUUCCGUUACUUCAAAGUACUCGUACAAGAAUUUCACAUCAAGGUGGAUAUCGUCUUCAUAAAUGCGAUAAUGGGCCUUCUCGAGGCGAAUGAAGUGAAUGACACGGAAGAAAGUGCGUUAUUCCGAAACGAUAUGAAAUUAGUCAAUGAACCGCUGAUGUAUCACGUCAGUCUUAUCACCACGGCCGAGCAGAAGAACUUCUUCGAUUUGUUACACUUCUCGCCACUUAAGAUACACAUCAGUUUUUCGAUGACCGGCAGCGGAAGUGGACCCUCAGCGCUGCCGCAAGUACUUAACGUGCUGUUGCAAGGAAUUGGCGUGACACUGACGGACAUCAACGAUAUUGUCUUCAAGUUGGCGUACUUUGAGAGAAGUUAUGUAUUCAUGACUCACAAGCAACUCAUCUCCGAAGCAACCACUCAUUACGCAGGCCAAGCGAUCAAACAAGCGUAUGUACUUGUGCUAGGACUUGAUGUUAUUGGCAAUCCCUACGGACUAGUGAUAGGAACCAUGAAGGGUAUCGAAGAUUUGUUCUAUGAACCUUUUCAAGGAGCUAUACAGGGUCCAGGAGAGUUUGCGGAAGGCCUGUAUCUCGGAGUACGUAGCAUGUUAGGUCACACUGUCGGCGGGAUGGCUGGCGCUGUGUCAAAAAUUACAGGAGCGAUGGGCAAGGGUAUUGCUGCUCUGACAUUCGAUAAGGAUUAUCAACGCAAGAGGCAAGAGCAGCUUAACAAACAACCCGCCAAUUUACAGGAGGGUAUUGUUCGAAGCGGAAAAGGUUUAGUGAUGGGUGUAGUCGAUGGUGUGACGGGUGUAGUAAUGAAGCCUAUAUCAGGAGCGAAGGAGGAAGGAGUAGAAGGAUUCUUUAAAGGCUUCGGAAAGGGCGUUGUUGGACUUGUCACCAGACCCACCGCCGGUGUUAUCGACUUCGCGAGUGGUUCCUUGGGAGCCGUUAGACGGGCCACCGAAUUAAGCGAGGAAACGAAGAAAGUACGGCCGCCUAGAUUUUUGCAGCCGGACAGUCUUGUUAGGCCAUACAUCAAGGAAGAAGCCGAAGGCAAUAAAAUUUUGAUGGAACUGGAUAAGGGAAAAUAUGCACACACUGACGUUUACCUCUAUCACAUAUUCAUUAACAAAGACGUGCUGUUGCUUACCGACAAAAGAUUAUCAUAUCUCGAACGCAGUGACUUAUUAGGUGGCUGGCGGGUUGACUGGACUCACACUUGGAAUGAAUUCAGCGAAUCGCCAAAACUCGUAGAGAGAGGCGUACAGAUUUUCACCAAAGACGCCAGCAAAAAGAAAAAGCUUGGCAAUCUGUUCGGUAGUGCGGAUCAGUCUAAGAUAAUAUUAAUAGCGGAUCACAAUAUUAAACAGUUAUUAUGCAGCAAGAUGCGAGAGCAGAUGAAUCAGCAUGGAGUAUAACAGAGCAGCGCACAUACGAAACGCUUGAGCGACUUCCAAUAGGAAGAAAACGAUACUUCCAAGAAAGAAAAAGGAAAGAACGAAAGAGGAAAUGUGCUUCUUUAUUUCCGGGACGCUUUGCGAGCGAGUUCGCACAAUUUCUAGGCGCACUUUCUACGAAUACUACUUAUAAGACUGAUACUACGUAGCCGUGACAACUUAAGCUAGAAAGACACCAAAUCGAUCAUAUCGAGAAACCGAUCGCGAAAGAGCGUAGUAUCUUUUUCAUUUUUUAUCACAAAAACGUACAAAAUCUUUUGUUGUCGGUAUCGGUACCGAAUGAGUAGUAUUAGGUGCAAACAAUUCGUCAGAGUUUAAUAAUAGAAUUGUACAAUUCCGAAAUAAUUUUAAAACAGUCACCUUUGUGACUUCUGUACACACUUUUUUUACUUGGCAAGAAGUUUUUUGAGCCCUUUUUCAAAGAAUUCGAAUCAGUAGGUUCGUUUAAAAAACAGUACUUAAUAGAAAAAAAAAGCAUCGAAACUUUUGCACCAAACUAACAGUGAUUAUAGCUACAUCACAGAGACAGUAUAAAGAAAUAAUUUUUGUUGAGUUUACAUUCAUAGUAUUCCACUUGUGCGUUUCGUUUGAUACAAUCAUUCAAACGAAUCGUUUUAGUCACAGUAAAGUUACCAUUUAAUCGUAUCCUUAGAGACUUAUUAGUUUGCGAUGAUCACGAAAUGGAGUGAAUCCACUAGUCUUAUGAUCGUAAAGCAUUAAAAAUAACCCGAAGCAAACGAAAUGAAAUAAGAAAAGUGAAAGAACUUCAUUCUUACACGCUCGCAAAUGAAAAGUUAACGUAAGAUCAUUUAUAUAUAAUUGUUGAAUUUUACGUAAAUCUCAUAUAUACAUCACAGAGGAGAGUUUAACGAAUGUUAAUUCAUAUUCUGGAAAAGAACUAAUUUCACAUCACAAACUACAUUGUUAAUCAUUGUUUUAAAAUGUAAAAUGAGCGUUAUCCUAAGCAAUGUGCUCGGCCAUUAAUAAUCAAAAGCAGUAGUACGCUUAACCAUUUUUCUGAAAACAUUUAGUGGGGACGUUAUUGAGAGAUUUGCUACGAAUGCCACCGACACAUUGUUGAGAUAUAAUAAAUUUUAUUACUGAGCUUUAACGCCUAACACCAGACUAUACGUGAUAAUUCUACCUCGUUAUUAAUGCUACGUAUUAAAUUAAUAAUGUAAUACAUAAAUUAAAUGAACUUAAAAUUACACUAAUUUAAACGUAAUUUUCAAAACUAGUUUUUCGUUUGAAUUGCUCUCUUUAAAAGAGAUAUUUUAAUAACAGCUUCAAUAUAUGCUUAUUGUGUUUAUUAUGUAUUAUAAUUUGACUGUCAUUCUAUCGCGCGCAUACAUCUAAUAAAAUUAUUAUAAAUGUC